AUAAACAGAGCAAAUUAGCAAAGCAAAAUUGAAGCACAUAACAAAACAAUGAUGAAAACAAAUUAGAAGCAGCAAUAUGCAGCAAAGCAGAGGCAGAAACAUGCAGGGAGGAAAAGAUCACAGAGAUGGCAGCAUUGAGAGAGUUUUGUUCAAGAUCAAACAUGGAAGACAACCACAAUCUGAGAGAGCUUUGUUUCAGAUCAAACAUGGGGGAUAACAAUCUGAAUGAUAAGAAGGAUAAGGUGGCUCAGGCUGCAGCCACCUUCGAUCCUACAAAAAAGAAGAAAAAGAAGAAGGCAAUUGCGAUUGAGGAAUCGAGUACUAGUACUGAUGAUUCCUCCAUGAACAGCUCGGCUUUAGAGAAGACAAAAACUGGCGAGGCUGACUACGAAUAUGAAGAACUUCUUGAUAGGUUGCUGAUGAAGCUUCGUGACGACAAUCCGAAGCUUGCGGAUGGAGAAAAGUGUGGUCUAGUUCUGAGUCCUCCUCAAGUUCUUCGUGAAGGGUCCAAAAAAACUGUUCUUGUCAAUUUCAUGGAGUACUGUAGGACUAUGGUUAGGCAGCCGGAUCAUGUAAUGAGUUUCAUGCUUGCUGAAUUGGGGACGAGUGGAUCGCUUGAUGGACAGCUGAGAUUAGUUGUGAAGGGAAGAUUUUCGCCUAAGAAUUUCGGAGCAAUCUUGCGAAAAUAUGCCAAUCAAUAUGUGAUUUGCUUCGCGUGCAAACGUCCAGACACUCGACUUUCAAAAGAAAAUCGGCUCAACUAUCUUAGAUGCGAGAGGUGUUGUGCUUCACGAUCAGUUGCUCCUAUUGAAGCUGGUUUUCUUGCCAAAGUUGGAAAAAGGAACAGUGCAGCAUGAUCUGUUCUGAGACUUGAUUAUACUAGCUACUAGCUAUUACUAGUAAAUCAGUUAAGAGCGGAGUUUGAGUUUGAGUGAGGAUCUAGUUUUGUUGUUCAAUUUUUGGCAGAUUUAUCCUUUGUUUACCUAUUUUUAUUGAUCAAUAACAUUAAGUGUGCGAGUGUUUUCUGUA